UCCUUGAAGGGUGUUCGCCAAUUCCGACGCCACAAGAACGACGAAGAUAAAGAGCGCGCCCUCUUGGUUAACUCCAUCGUGCUGGCACAUCCUCCUUUCUUCUCGCUGCUCCAAGUCUGUUUGCAUGAGGCCGAUCCUCUCGAUGGACUGUUCGAGCAGAUUGAUUCAUUUGUGCAGAGUGCCAAGGAACUGGAGGACAGGGUGCCGGACAACCUGCGCACUAGACAGGUACUACAGGAAUGUCUCAGCCUGCGUCUUGCUUUAGUCGGCCAGCGUUUCCGUCUUCUCCAACAGGAUGCUGAAAUGGCAAGCCGAUGGGCCUUGCUUCUCAGUCAAUUAAUCGUGCAUGGUGUCAGUGAGCCACAUUCAAAUGGACCGCUUUUCUUCACUAUCCUUGACAUGUUACACACCCUAGUGCAUACGGUGGUGGCGCGCUACGGCCUUGAGGGAAAAAUUUACCAAAACAUGAUGAAGAAGAUGCGUCGUGAAGUCACUGAUCGACCUUUUAGCGCAGGUACCGAGCACCUUAGGCCGUUGCUGCUUUCCGGAAAGUCUGCAUAUCCGGUAUUCGUAGUGAUGCCCAUUCACCAGGCAGGGCGAGGAGGAUCCGGACCUGGGGGUUCUGGAGGUCCAGGAGGCGUUCCCGGUGGCGGACAAAGCAGCUCUAAUACUGGAGGCUCCGGUGGCGGAGCGGGAAAGUCGGGUGGUGCAGGGAAGGCUGGCGGUUCCAAGUUUACAGGAAAAGCUGUUUCUAGUGGGUCAUCGGGUCUGUCUGGUGUUCCUGGAUCCAGGGAUUCUGGCGGUGGACUCCUUUCGACUACGGCUUCGGCGGCCAUGGCAACUAGUAUCGGCGGUGGCAUGCACACAUUCGCUCGUAAGCGAGGCUAUCUAGUGGUGCGCCGCGAGCGAUUCCAGCCUUGGGAUCUGAUAGAUCCGAGUAAGCAAGGCAUCCUCUUGUCAUUAUAUGGAGCAGUCCAGACAGAGGCGCAAAUGUCGAGAGUUGAAGAGCAAGCUAAUCUUCUGGUCAGUCAUGAACAUCCCCUUUUCUCCCGACGCAGUCCGGACUUUUACUUCGACUCGGUUUUCAUCGAGGGGCAAGAGUCACCGUUGCCUCUACCAUCUUCCUCUGCCUCCAACACCGUUGCGGCUUCUAUACCUGCUGCCAAGACACAGUCGACGCAAAUACUUCCCGUAAAAAAGCUGGCUUCUGAGUCAACCGAAGAAGAAGAUAUCACUCCUUUCCCCACAUUUUCAUCUCGCUCUGAUCAAAAGAAGUUUGCUGAUUCCAUAAAACAAGAUACGGGCUGCAAUGGUGGAGCCGCUGUUGGCGAUAACCUCUAUCUGGACACGCAACUACCCGACGACGAUGUGAGCAAGCAAGAUCCUUCUCUCGAGUUACCAGUGUCUUCAGGUCUAGAGUCUGUUCCCGGGCAAGUUUAUAGCUUACAAUCAGACGCAAUGCUUGGUGGUCCGAUAAGUAUGCCUAUUUCCAUGCAAAAUGACUCAAUUUACUCCAACAACAACAUUAACUUCGCCACACUUCCACACGUGCCUUCCAGUAUGGCGGCUGGCAGCGUCACCGCUGCCGGGAACGCUUUAGCUGUAGUUAAAAGUGAGCCGCACACAUCAGCUUCCAGUGGCUUGUGUCGACCCUCCGAACUGGAUAAUGGCCAUCCUCCUAUGACUAGCCAUCAUCCUCAACAUCUCCAACAACAACAACAACAAAAGCCACCCCCCACACAGCAACAGAAUAUCUAUCAACAUCCGCAGCAGCAACAGCAGCAGCGUAAGCAACAAGCUCAAUAUCCCACUUCGACAGGACAGGAAUACUCAACUCUACCAAACAUGAAGACGUCUGAAUCAGUUGGCUUUGAGUCACUUUGUUCUCAGCAUUUAUCAAACCUUCCCGCCCAACAGCACCCACAGCACCAACACCACCAGCAGCAAGGUCAGUCUAACCUGAGCGGCAUUUUGUUUACUCAGGGUUCAGUUGUAGGCAGACAGCAGACUAGGCCAAUUCAAUCGCAAGGGCAAUCUCACUCUGGCCAGGUAAGUGGUGUACAAAUGCCCCCUCCUCUACCACCACAACCGCCCAUGGUGUCACCGGCAUCAUCGUCUUCCGGCCAGGCAACUGCUAGUCAAACACCUGUCACCAUUCCCUUCAGCUCAAGUACUUCGGUUGCCUCAUUGCACAGCUUUCCAGGGAGCUCUGUUUCCUGCUCC